GAAGCUAAAGAUGCUUCAACCGUUUCACUGUGACUUCAACAUUAAGUUGUACUCUGUGGCAAACUUUGGCCACACCUAGAUCCUGUCCCAUUUCCACAAAAAAAAAAAACACACAUACACACACACACACACAAAAAGCCUCUUUUUUUUUUUUUCUUUCUGGUGCGUUUGUUUGUGUGACGGCGAGUCCCGGCGGUGUAACCGGAGAGGGGCCUCAGAGAGGGAAUGCAGGACUGCAAUGGAGCACAAUGCAAUACAGUGGUUGGGUGCCCCCUCCUGCCAGCGAGGCAGCUACGCCUUCUAUAAGUCGGUGAGCAGCAGAGCUCAGCCCGAUGGGCCCGUCCAGGUGUGGAAGCUCGGGGAGUUUUACUUCAUCCGCUGUGGGCCGCAGGAUCCCGUGUGCAUCGCAGAGGUGACCUUACUGUGGGAGGACAAAACACAGCACCACCUGCUGGCCAGCGCCAGGCUCUACUUCCUGCCCGAGGACACGCCGAAGGGCCGGACCCGGGAGCACGGAGAGGAUGAAGUUCUGGCAGUGUCCAGGAAGAUGGUGUUGCGGGUGGAGGACCUGGUGCGAUGGGCGUGUGCGGAGCCCGCAGCGUGGAACAGCAGCCUGAAGCCGCUGCCUGGCAACACCAACGGUCUCCACAAACCUCUACAGAGCAGCGAGCCGCUCAAAGACAAAACUGACAACGACCUGGCGGAGCGGCAGGGCAUCAAAAUUCUCAGCUACCCGCAGUACUGCCGCUUUCGCUCCCUGCAGAGGCGCCUCCAGGACGGAGCGAGGGGCCCCGGGCUGCAGGACCCCCACCUGCUGGCCCUGGGAGGUGUCAAGGCGCUGCCCAACACCCGGCUGAUGUACUGCAGGGACACCUUCAACCACCCGACGCUGGAGAACAGCACCAACUUCUCCUGGCAGUUCAGAUGUCCGUCUCUUAGUCUUCGAGGGCGACCUCGCAAGAGGAAAGGCCGAGACGGUAAAGACUCCCCAAACUCCAGCCAAUCGGAGUCCUGGAUCGAGCGGAUGAAGGAGAACGUGAUGGGCAGUGUGGAGGUCGGCUGUGAGGGCAGCUGGCUCCCCCACCCUGAAGAGCAGCUGUUCCUGGAUCAGCUCUUUGCCUACAUGGAGCGCCUCGGCUCGCCCAUCCACAAAGUCCCCAACCUCGGCUUCAAGAAGAUUGACCUCUUCCUCAUGUACUCUGUGGUCAAGCGGCUCGGAGGCUACAAAAAGGUGACAUUGGACCGUCUCUGGAAAAUAGUUUAUAACGAGCUGGGAGGAUGCCCCGGCAGCACCAGUGCUGCUACCUGCACCAGGAGACACUACGAGAGGCUUAUGCUUCCUUAUGAAGAGCACCUCAGAGCAGGAGGAGCCGAAUUCAAAAUCCCAGAAUCCCCCAUGCCUCCGAAACCCAGAGGGAUAAGAGGAAGGAAACCACUUCAGAGAGGCAGAAAACCAGGACCCAAAGCCAAGGACAAGAAGUUGACAACCCCUGCUGCUCCUCCUCGUACUAUCGUCAACCCGAACGGCACCGUGGUGGUGAAGAGAGGCCGAGGCCGGCCGCCGGGCACGCGCAACAAGGCCACGCUGAUCGCUCAGGCCAAGCUGAUGGCCCAGCAGCAGGCUAAAGCCAGAGCAGCAGGCGAGUCGCAGCUGCACAGUCCUCUGCUUCCUGUCCGAGUCGGAGGUGGACCAACCCCCAGCAGCACACCCAGGCCCAUCCAGCCGGCUAUCCUCCCUGUCAACAUGCCCCUCACCCCCGACCUCUCCCCCAUGUCCGCCCCCUUCCUCCCCUUCCAGCCCAAACCGAAGGAGCUGAAGCCGGACCGAGGGGAGUCUGCGGCUCACGCUCCGGGCGUGCUCCUCUCCACUCUGCCUCGCCACUUCGUCGGAGGGUCUCUGGGCGGCUUCAGCCCCAUCAAAGGCGUCUGUCCUCUGGACGUCUUCAGGAACCGCAUCAGCCUCCAGAGAGGCCCGGAGAGCCCGGCCCUGACGCCCCAGGACCCGGCCCAGCACCAUCCGACCAUCUACACCCUCCAGCCCAAAAUUGGAAGCCCGGACACGUCUCGCCCCAGCGGGGACCAGCUUCAGCCUCAGCUCCACCCGCUCCACCAGCAGCACAACCACUGCUCCGGGUGUAGCGUGGACGAGGCGGCCCAGAGAGGGGGCAGUCGGGACGCCAGGAACCGGCCUCCGUUGCCCCCUCUCCGGGUCCUGCCUUUGAACUUGGACUGCAGCGUUCAGGUGUGCCAGCUGAUGAGGACUCGCCUGGGCUCGUCCCAGUUCCAGACCUUCACUCGCCGACUGUCUGAGGCUCUGUCCCAGGACCUGAGCCCCAAGCCCCCCUGCUCUCCCAUCACCCCUCCCCCCGAGCAGGCGCUGCCACUCAACCUCAGCAAGCGCUUCGUGGCCAAGAGACCCAGCACAGAGGGGCCAGAGGCGGGCCUGGCAGCGAUCAACGGGAACGCGGAUCAACCGCCAUCCAAGAGACCCAGACCCGGCUGCACGGAGCAGGCCGAGGACUUGGGCCCGGGCGGCCGGCCCAGCUCCGCAGGAAGCGAAGGAGGAGAAGAGCAGGAUGUGGAGAUGAAGAACCAGGAGGAACCCGCAGACCUGAGCUCCCCUAGCCGGAUCAGGGCCUUCCUGCUCGGGCUGCCACCCUUCCAGGUGAAAUUCGAGGAGGAUCUGAACGGGACGCGGUUUGGGAAAUUUCUUCCUCCAGAAUCUGUGGCUGAAACCCAGAGGACCGAGACAGGAGAGGGAGGAGUGGCGGUAAAGAAAGAAGUAAAAGAGGAGGAGGAGGAGGAGGAGGUGGUGGAAAUAGAGCGAUGUGAAACUGAGAGAAGCGAGAAACUACAGAAGUCGGAUCAGCAGGAGAAAGAUCUCACCUGCCUCUCUGGCCCCGGUCCUGCAGAGCUGAAGAGAGCCGGGCCCUCAAACACUGAGUCGCACUGUUUUUAGCAUUACUCCCUCUGUCGAUUAUUAGCAGUUUGUGUCGGAUAAAUCGGGGAUUUGCCGCUUUUGGAAUGUGGAAAGUCGUUUCCACCGUGGGCCUUUGGUGUUGGUUUUGGACGCCGGAUGCUUUGCCGCUCGAUCGGCCUCCGGUUAACGCCUAAAUACUCCGAGCAGGGAUGUUUCUUUGCUUCCUAUUUGAGCAACAUUUGAACUCACAACUUCUCUUUUUGUUUCCCAUUUUUGUCUCCUUGUUGUUUACUGCCUUUUUUUUUUCUCCAUCAUGUCGUUGAUGGGACAUUGCAGAGGAAUGACGACACUGAGACUCAUGACAAUCACAAAUCGGUUUCUCUUCCUUUCUCUGUUGAUUUCUGUCUCUUUAAGGUUAAAAAAACAGAGGAGUGAGACUGUGACUAUUUAACAAACACUGCCAUAACCCUCCAUAACACUAUUAACUCCACUAUUCAAUAUUACAGUGAAAUAUUGAAUAAGAUCCAUAUUACUUCAAAUAAAAAAAAAAUAUAUCUAUGGGUGAUGCUAUGCAUCAAUACUUCAUAAUUUAGCAUCUGCAGUGUACUGUAGUUUGGUAGUUUUUGUUUUUAAAUUGUACUCUACUUCUGUGGAGAGAUAUAGUUAUUUUCUGAUCAAGUGUCUGGAUGUUAUCUGGAGCUCCUCAGUCUUCACAGUAUAGCUCGUUAAGUGAAGCCUUUCUAUAGUCCUGCUCGUUAGCUAAAAAUUGUAUAAACUUUUCUUACACACAUGUGCCUUAAGUGGCCUGCGAUCUGUUUCAUCGCCGGCUUCAAAUACAUUCGGUUAAAGAGAUACCUUGAUGUUGGACCGGUCUAGUUUUCCUUCACUCCUAACUUGGGCAGGGUGUCUUUGAAAUAUUGUUGUGGAUACGAUACCGGACAUGUUACUUUGAGAAAUAUAAUGCGUUUCCCACAAAACUUUCAACAAAAGAAGCCAAAGUCCUUACAUUUUAAUCUUAAUCUUAAUAUUAGCAGCUGUACAAGAAUGUGUCUGAAUAAAACUGCUGCAAAAAAAGUAUGAGUUUUAAAUCAAGAAGAGUUAAAAUCUGACCAGACAUUCCAAUGCCAGCUGACUCAUUUCAUACAGCACUAGUAAGAAAAAAGAAAAAAAAAAAGUGUUAAGUUUGGAUACCCAGCCCUGCUGUUUGCAUUGUAAAGGCCGCUGUGGCCACACGUUGGCGCCGUCGUCUUCAUCGCUCCCACUGUUGAGGUUGGUCAACGGAUAAGAAAUGAGCACAGGAGGGACAACAGUGUGUAGAGAUCCAACGUGAACAUGUAGCCCAAACAUUCAGACUACCUCAGGUUUUUCUUUUAACAUUUCCACCAGCUUCAUCUGUUUCGGGGGGGAGUGGAUCUUAUCCCAUCAUGCAUUUGGAUAGACGGCAGGGUUGGAUGCUGGUCCAUGAACACAGGCAGACUUACGAUUUGCAGUUGGUGUUUGUAGAAGUUUGGGUCAUUUCAUGGAAUUUGUUGACAAUAAUAUAAUGAAGUAUCACCGGAAUGAUCCUUUUUUAAUCUGCAAUCUGUAUCUGGAUACGUAACACGGUGGGGGUGAACUGCUGGAGUGCCAGCCAAGAAAUAGUCCGACACAUAACCGCCUGCAAAACCUCAAAUUGAUGUUUUUACACUUUCGGUUUUGUGAGUAUUAAAAGAAGACUGUAACAUUUUAAUCGGGGAGCUUUAGUUGUAUUUAGUUACUUUGAACAGAGCCGGCCUAGCUGUUUCUCCCUGCUUCCAGUCUUGGUGCUAAGCUACGCUAAUUUCAUAUUUAGCGUACAGAAACAAGAGUGGGAUGGAUGUUCUUAUCGAAAUCUCGACAACAAAGCAAAUAUGUUAAUGAAUGUUGAACUACUGCUUGAAAGCUUUAGUGUGUAACUUCUUUAAUUAAUAAAACGCCUGUUUAGAAUUCCAGCCAUUGCCAAAUGAGCUGCUACAAAGCUAAUAAAGACCAUCAGCUCCACACAGCUCUCUCUGGAUCUCUGUGUGGCUAUGUUCAGAAGAUUGUGUCUUCCUGCAACAGUGUUGUUGUCAUCACUUAGAAUUCCUCAUGGGGGAGACAGAAACUACGCACUAUAGCUUUAAGAAUGCGGCCAAACGGUACAUAUGUCAUUUACACCUGGCGAAGAUCUGAUAUAUUCUGAUUGUUGUAUAUACUAUAUAUACUGCUGCGUUUAUAUCAAUUCUUUCUGAAGCUAUCCAGAUACAGAUUGUAUAUUAAUACCAGAUGAAAAUGAGAAAAUCAAACCUGCAGCAUUCACCAAAGAACGUGUUUCCGUUUUCCACUUUAAACCGAUCCACUGCUUCCCCCGGCUGCUUCUUCUUCUUCUUCUUCUAAAGUGGCGACACAAAACACGACUCCAUCUCUUGACAAAAAAACUUGUGUAGCUGAAAAAAAAACUUUAAAAUGUCAAGGUAUCCCUUUAAUCGCAGCCUUUUUCUUCGUCUCGGUUUGUUUCGGAUUUGCACACCUACUGUAACCACGUGCUUCAUUUGUUUUUCCAUAUUUAUAUUUGCCAUGUUUAAUUUUUUCCUUCCGCCAACAUUUUUUUUGUUAUUUUAUUAGUAGUGGAAUCAACUCCGACACCGAAAAUAACUGGUGCUGGUGCUGUUUAUUCUUAGUUCUGUAGCCAUAUUGUUGUUUUUUUUAAUUGAUAAAGCUGCAAAUUCUUUUCAUCUCAGCAAGUCAUUGAGUCUUGACUUCAGUCUCAAACUGCUUUUUUUUUCGCCCUGCUUUUUGAAACAAGUUCUGACGUUUCUCACAGCACGUGUGUUUGUCCAGAGAGAGGGUUCUAAGAAAAUAUUUUAAAGAACGAAAUUAAAAGAUAACAUGACUUGUUAUGAAAA